UUUCUUAGCCCAGCUGCAUUACAUUAUCGAGGUCAAGAAUAUUAUAAUCAGCGAAGUUCGCCUACGUGGCCGAUUGAAAUCUGAGCACUUCUGGCCUGGGAAGGUUCGAAUCUGGCAACCGGCUGCCACGUAGAGUCAAAACGGCCAGACGUGGAUCCAGUGUCUCAUUUCCUGUGAAGCUGGAGAAGUAAGAAACUCGAUCAUCUCCUGGCGUAAAACUUACAAGUUUGAUUCAACAUGGAUAAUUUACUUGUUACCUUGAUCGGUUGCUUGCUUGUUCUAUUUAGGCCUACUGUUGCUGCUCCGCCUGAUAAAGAAGCACCAGCAGUUGUCACAGACAAGGUGUACUUUGACAUCCAGAUUGACAACAAGGAUGUGGGACGUAUAGUUGUUGGUUUGUUUGGCGAUAUCGUUCCCUUAACUGUCAAGAAUUUCCUCCAUUAUGCCGACAAAACCAAGGAAAAAUCAUACAAAGGGACACAGUUCCACAGAGUCAUCAGUGACUUCUUGAUUCAAGGUGGUGAUGUUGCUAAUAAGGACGGCAGCGGAUCCAUCAGUAUCUAUGGCCGGUACUUUGAGGAUGAAAAUUUUGACUUGAAGCACUACGGAGCAGGCUGGCUCAGCAUGGCCAAUGCUGGUCCGAACACCAACGGCUGCCAAUUCUUCAUCACAACUGUUAAGACUCCAUGGCUGGACGGUAAACACACGGUUUUCGCCAAGGUCUUGGAAGGCAUGGAUGUCGUCAAGGCCAUCGAGGCGGUUGAGACAGAUGAGCUAGACCGACCUCUCAAGAAGGCAAUCAUCUGGGACUGUGGUAUACAGGAGGUUGACACACCCUUUGAGGUGACCAAAGAAGGUGUGGAGGCCAAAGAUGGAGUGGCCCGACCGCCGGUGGUUUAAAGGUUGUGUCAGUAUCACUCCAUUCUGUGUUUGGCUCACGGAUUUGAUGCUCAGUGAAAAACCUUGCAAAGACAAUAUGGGCAACUGCUUUUUCUAUUUUUGGAACCAGUUUUGGGUGCUUGGAUACAGCCCAUUUUAUAAAGCCGCUUUUGUACACUUUAUAUACAACUUCAACAAUUCAGUGCCUUUACAAACUCAUAAUGUAACUUUGUCCCAUGUUUCAAAGUGAGUAUUUUGCCCUAAGGGAUAGGGGUAAUACCCAGCUGGCUUUACCCUUCGCCUUCUUUGUUGACAAAAGUGAAAUGCUGUCAUUUUAAUCUGGGCCAAAUUUCAAACAGUGGCUCAGCAGGAACUGGUGCUUCAAAAAUGUUUGAGCCAAAAUCUGCGAGGAACAAAUCAGAAAAAUUUACAAUACACUACACUGGUGACAAGAUCCCAUAAAAUGAGUUUGCAAUGGAGCAAACUGAGCCCUUCGUUUGAUGUAUCACUCAGUUUGGCAUCCAGAUAAAAAAUGGAGAUUAUGUGCGUGAGAAAUCUCCAGUUCUUAAUGAUUUACAGUGUGCAAAAUUCUUUUUAACGGAAUUUUAUUUCAUAAGUAUCUUACACACUGGAAUCCAGCUGGAACUUAAUUUGUUUUUAGUAAAUCAUUCUUACAUGCUGCUGUCUGGAGUUCCAAAGUAGAGGUGUCGCUUGACUUCACAAAAUAUUGCAUAUACAUGCAAUGAACGGUUCACUCCUAUGGGGCAUCUAAACAUUACAGAAAGCUUCUGGACCUACUGAAGUUCUUGCUCUUUGCAGGUGCAUCACCCACUCUUUCACCCAGUCAAGUUUGUAUCAUGCUCUGUAAACAGUGAAGAUGAAAAGCGGUUUCUGUACUGGGCAGAAAACACAUUUUCCACCAGAAAUUGAGCUCUUCUUUAGCUAGACGUCUUUUUGCGUGCCAUUGAAUCAUCUGUGCCAGAGCAGUUUAGCAGUUUUGUUUAAGGUUUCUUCAGCUUUCUUUGAUGACUAACUUUAAAUUGCCUUGCCAUUUUAUAUACUUCCGUGUUUGAAAUCUUGUGAUAUAUUAAUUUUUUUAAUAUUGUUAAAAAAAUUAAACAAGUUAUUUGAACA